AUGCCUUCCAACACUCUCCGCCAGCCAGCUCAAAAGCGCAUCUCCCUUCCCUCCUCCCAGCGACUCACCACCAUAACCGAAUCCGCCAACACCACACCACUCGAAGCCCCUCCGCCUAUCCCGCGACGCAGCAGUCGUCGCAACAGCGCAUCGCAUUCGGAGUCGAACAGCUGGCGUUUCUCGCGCAGAUGGUCUGGGAGUGGGAGCUCGAGAAGCGAGAGGAGCGCGCCGCCGCCGCCGUACGAGUGGGUGCCCGAGCCUCUCGCUGCGGAUGGGAGCGAUGAGGAGCCCAAGGUGGUGGAUGAGCGACUAGAGAAGCUGAGAAGGGGUGAAGGCGAUGGGAAGAAGAGGAGAGGCGGAUGGGUGAGGGUGGGCGCAAUCUUCGCAGUGGUUGUAGUGAUUGCUGUUGCGCUUGGGAUGGGUCUAGGGGUGGGGUUGAAGAAGAGCAAGGGUGGUGGAGGUGAGGAUGAAAAUGCAGAAGGGAGUUCUGGAGGCGAUGGGUCGGAUAUGCCGCCGCAGAAGUUUCCGCUUGGGGAGUAUAAUGGAAGCACGGAUGAUACGAGUGUUGCGUCUUUCAACUGGAUCAUCAGCAACACUUCUUCGAUCUACGCCACGAAUGACACGACAACUACCCCGAGCGACGGUGUCCCGGCCAAUCUGACAGUCAGCUCCAGCAACGAUCCCUUCGGCAUCACAUUCACCGACAAAGCUCUGACAUACGUCUCUCCCUCCUCGAACGUGACAUCAGCGCACUACACAUUCAGUUUCACCUCCACUCGCCGCAUCAUCCCUUCCCCGGCCAUUACAGCGGACAGCACGAAUGCCGAGUGUUUUUUCAACCAGACCAUUUUCACCGCGAACAUAUACCUUUCCACCGAGAGGAAAUUCCCAUCAAGCUCGACCUCCAUUGGCGGAUAUGAGCCAUGGCCGUAUGCGGUCGAGAUUACGCAGACAGCGGCUGGAGGGAACGAUGUGCCGGACUGUUAUUCAACUGUCGAUGGGCAAGAGGGCGAGCCAGUGACGGCGGACUUGGUACCGCAGCCCGAGGAGAGCGAGUGCAGCUGCGAGUAUCGCAACUAUUGA